AUGAGGACACCGCUUGGAACGGCCCCGUUGAGGGUGGACGGGCGGUUUUUCUUUCUCCCCAGGGACAGCGCAGGCCUCUUCGUGGCCCCUGGGACUAGUACCCGCUGCCUCACGGCGGCGGGGAAGCCAACUGCGCUCGUGUCGGCGGACGUCGACAUCCUGCAGGGCAAUGGAUUGAGCGCACGCUGUAGCAGGGCAACAUGUUCCUCCGGCGAGUGCGCUCGCUGCCCUCCCGAUCGCCGCACCCAAGGCCAAUGCGCCCGUCGCAGGAGCGACGACACCGCGCGUCGGCCCGAUACGGCGCUGCGCCCAAGUGCGGCAUACGACCGGGCUCGACGUGCGGGCGGGUCGCCUCGGGCGACCUCGCGCUGCCAGCGUACAUCGCUCCACCCCACUGUCUCUAUAUGGGCCUAUGGGUCUUUAUAUGCGUGCUUCAAGACGACCGACAAUACUGUGUGCCUCAAGAUUCCCGGGGUACGGGUCGGGCGCGCGCGCGCGGCCCUGGCGCAGGCCUUUCCGUGGCCCCCGGGAUAA